AUGCAUCCUCCCAUUUUUGGGCACUCUUUCGCCGUGCUCGUGGCACCGAUCCUCCUUUCCGUGCUCGCUUUCAAUUUGCUCAACAGGAAAAGAGCCAAUGCACGAAGAAAUGCAGAAGAUGCUGAUGCCGGCGCAUCUCGGCCUCUCCGGUGGAGUUCGUCGACCGCGCCGACUGGAGACCAUUACGAGGUGUUCUUGAACUUUAGAGGUGAAGAUACUCGAAAUGGUUUCACCAGUCACCUUUACGACAGGCUGGUCGCUGCCGGAAUUGAUGUUUUCUUGGACGAUAACAAGCUCCGCCAAGGCAAGGAGAUCGGCCCAGAUCUCUUGGAAGCCAUCAAGAACAGUAAGAUCUUGAUCCCCAUUCUCUCCGUGAAUUAUUGUGAGAGCAAAUGGUGUCUCGAUGAACUGGUUCAAAUAAUGGAGUGCAAGAAUAAUGAGAUGGGGCAUAUAGUGUUGCCUAUAUUCUACAAAGUGAAUCCAAGGGACGUGCGGCAUCAGAGCGGAAGUUUCGGAGGUGCAUUUCUUAAGCGGGAGAAGCCUUUCAACCCAACGACUUUGGAGAAAUAUGAGCAAGCACUCACUGCAGUCGGUAAAUUGAAAGGAUGGGAAGCCGAUGGGAAUGAAGCAGAAUUAGUGAAUACGAUUGUCAAAAAAGUAUUGAGGGAGCUGAAGAAAGAUUUUGAUUUGCUUAUUCCUGAGAAUUUGGUGGGAACUGAUAAUCAUGUGGAGAAGGUUAUGAAAGAAGUAGCUGAUAAUUCUAAUGUCACCCUAUUUAUUGGCAUCUAUGGAAUGGGAGGCAUUGGUAAGACGACUCUUGCUAACAUUAUCUUCAACAAGCUCUCUGAUCAAUUUUACUACCGUAGCUUCAUUCCUGAUAUUAGGGAAUCAUGUAACUAUAAGGGCCUUGAGUCCUUGCAAGAGAAGCUAAUCUUUGAUAUAUUGGGAAAAGAAAAACAAGUUCAUAAUAAGCAUAAAGGGACUAGGAUCCUCUCAUCCAAGUGCAAAACAAAGAAAGUACUCAUUCUUCUUGAUGAUGUAGAUGAUGAUGAUCAGUUGAAGGCUUUGGCUGGAAAUCAUAAUUGGUUUUAUUCAGGAAGUAGGAUCCUUAUUACCUCAAGAGACAGGAGUAUUCUUGAAAGUGCAAGGGUGGACUGCUACCAUAAACUUGAGGAAUUGGAUGAGAAGCAAUCUUUGAUCCUGUUCAGUAGACAUGCGUUUCGAAAAGACUCUCCUCCAAGUGAAUUCAUGGACCUUGCUCAUGAUGUUGUAUCAACGACCGGGGGCCUACCAUUGUCUCUUGAGGUUUUAGGCUCAUUUUUGUGCGGAAGAGAGCCAACACUAUGGAGAGCUACGAUAGAAAGGUUAAGAGAAGUCCCUCAUGAGGAUGUGCAAGAAAAGUUAAAGAUAAGUUAUGAUGCGUUAGAACUCAGACAAAAAGAAAUAUUUUUGGAUAUCGCCUGUUUUUUAAUUGGGUCCGAUGGAAGAACUGCAUCCUACAUGUGGGAUGCAUGCGGGUUUUUCCCAGAGGAGGGAAUUGAAAUGUUGAGGUCUAUGUCAUUAAUAAAAAUUGGAGAUGAUCAUAAGCUCAGAAUGCAUGACCAGUUGAGAGAUCUUGGUAGGGAAAUCGUUCGCGAGGAGAAUCUAGAAAAGCCUGAGUACCGUAGCAGGUUGUGGGACUCCGAGGAAAUCCUGAAAGUGCUAAAGGAAAAUAAGGGAACAGAAAAUAUUAAGGCCAUUUAUUUUAACAAAGUUCACCAUUCCCACUUUGAUGAGCCAUUCGAGAAUGUUGAGGCUGGGCCAUUCGAGAAUUUUGAGGCUGAGCAAUUGGAGAAUUUUGAAGCUGAGCAAUUCAAGAAGUUGACAGGUCUAAGGUUCCUUGAUGUGAGUGGGGCAUGUCUUAGAGGAGAUUUUGAGAACUCAAUGGGGGAGUUAAAAUGGCUUCGAUGGCGGGGUUGUCCUUCGACUUUUGAAGCAAAUAAUUUUCGCCUAACGGAAUUAGUCGUACUCGAUUUGUCUUUGAGCAAGAUCUCAAAUGAAUGGCAAGGAUGGAGUUCCAUGAUGGCAGAGAAGUUAAAAUUUCUUGACCUUACAGAUUGUCAAUCCUUAAGAAGCACAGUCUUCCUCUCAGCUUUUAAGAAUUUAGAGGUUCUGAUACUCUGUCACUGUUUGAAAUUAGAGCAAAUUGACUCUUCUAUCGGAGACUUGAAGAACCUGGUACGCUUGAAGUUGGAGGAGUGUUUUAGACUCAAGGUGCUGCCAGAUAGCAUAGGAGCUUUACAAAAUCUAGAAAUUCUGCAUAUUGGUGGUACCUUUGGCAUGUUAGAAUUAACCAAUGGUAUUUUUAGGAUGAGAAAGCUCCGAGAUUUAAAAGCUUCAAACGUCACAUUUGGGGAAAUAAUGGACAUUUCACAAUUGAACCAGUUGAGGACAUUAUUUAUUGAGCAUUGCCAUAACAUGCAUGAAGUUCGAGGUCUUGACAAAUUGAUAUAUUUGGAAAGCUUGAUCAUCACAAAGUGCGAUUCAAUUGAAAGGCUGGAUCUUCCAAAAUCUGAGAAUUUGAAGACAGUAAGUGUUAAGGAUUGCAAAAACAUAGUCGAGAUUCAAAGCCUCAAUCGGUUGGAUUUCUUGAAAGAAUUAAAGAUCAAUUAUUGCCCUUCAAUUGAAAGGCUACGUUGUCAUGGUUGCAAAAACUUAGUCGAAAUUCAAGGCCUCGAUAGGAUGAUGCUCUUGGAAUUCCUUAAGAUCUCGCGGGUUUCGAUUGAAAGGUUGGACCUUUCAAAAUCCAAUGGUCUGAGGACUUUACAUCUUCAAUUCUGUGAAAACUUAGUCGAAAUUCAAGGCCUCAAUAAGCUGAAGUUCUUGAGAGAGAUAAUGAUCGUACGGUGCGAUGCAAUUGAACAGCUGGACCUUUCAAACUCUAAGGGUUUGAAGUUCUUAAGAAAUAUAAGAAUCUUUGGGUGCGAUGCAAUUAAACGGCUAGACCUUUCAAAAUCUGAGGGUUUGAAGUUCUUGAGAGAGAUAAAGAUCCGUCUUUGCUCUGCAAUUGAACAGCUGGACCUUUCAAAAUGUAAGGGUUUGAAGAAAUUAGAAGUUCUCCAAUGCAAAAACUUAGUCGAAAUUCAAGGCCUCGAUAAAUUGGAGUUCUUGGAAGUGUUAAGAAUCUCUGAGUGCACUUCCCUUGUAAGGUUACCGAAUUUAUGUUGCUUUGACACCUUACGAAUUUUGGAAAUUGUUAACUGUGACAAGCUUCAUGAUACUCAGAACCUAAAGAGACUCACAUCCUGCGAGACUUUAUUAAUAAGGGAUUCAAGUUCUUAGCAAAAUUACCAAACUUGUCAAAUUUUCAUAAUUUACGGUAUUUGUACCUGUUAAAUUGUGAUGAACUUCGGGAGAUCCCAGGAUUUGAGAAGUUGACAUCCCUACGAUUUAUUGUUAUCUUGGGAUGUUCAUCGAUUGAGAUAUUACCUGAUUUUUCAUCAUGUACCAACUUGGAGUGUCUGAUUGUGCAAAAUUGUGUGAAACUGACUGAGCUUCAAGGGCUCGAGAAAUUGCAGCAACUUGUGGAAUUGGACAUUUCUGGAUGCAAGUCUCUCAAGACAAUACCAGAAUUAUCUAGAGGGCAGCUUUAUCAAAAUUACGAGCUAGAGCAACAUGCGAUGGGUUUAGGAGCUAGGGGUUGGUUAUUGGGACAAGACGACUCGGAUAAGUUAGAAUAGUUGAGAUGAUCUGCAUUUCCUAAAACAGGUACAUAAAGUAGUUAAGCUACCUUUUUCCUUUGGAGAUCUAUCAU